AUGGAUAUUACAAUACCAUGGUUUCCUCGACACAUUUCCGAACUGGAUGUAAUCUCCAACAACGUCUACAUGUAUGGAAAGGACCUAGAUGCCGAGCAUCCCAGUUUCAAGGACGUGGCUUAUAGGAAACGGAGAUUGGAAUUUGCCAAAAUAGCUUACAAUUACCGCUAUGGAGAUGCAAUCACCCGCAUUGAGUACACAACUGAGGAGCGAAAAACAUGGAGUACAGUUUAUCGUGAAUUAAUGACACUUUAUCAAACUCACGCAUGCAAGGAGUACUUGGAGAACAUUCCCCUCCUGCAGGAGCACGCUGGUUAUCGAGAGGAAGAUUUGCCCCAAUUGGAAGAUGUCUCCAAAUUUCUUAAAAAACAAUCGGGAUUUACGUUGCGUCCCGUUGCGGGCUAUAUUUCUGCAAGAGACUUUCUUCAAGGCCUGGCCUAUCGUGUGUUCUACUGCACGCAGUACAUUCGUCAUGAAGCAGAGCCUUUUUAUACACCCGAGCCGGAUUGCAUUCACGAGUUGAUGGGACACGUACCUAUGCUUGCUAAUCCGGAGUUCGCCCAGUAUUCUCAAGAGUUGGGUCUCGCCUCUCUGGGUGUCUCAAAUGAAGAUGUCCAAAAACUAGCUAAGCUUUACUUCUUCUCCGUGGAAUUUGGAAUUUGCAAUCAAGACGGAGAACUGCGAGCUUUCGGAGCUGGACUUUUAUCCUCUGUGUCCGAAUUGAAGCACGCAUUGAGCGAUGGCGCGGUGAGGAUGGCUUUCAUCCCCGACGAGGUCGUUAAGGCGGAGUGCAUGGUGACAACCUAUCAGAGAGCCUAUUUCAUAACCACUACAUUCAGAGAGGCUCAAGACAAAUUAAGGCACUUUGUUCAAAGUCUCCGAAGACCUUUUGCUCUUCGAUACAAUGCAUUCACUGAAAGUGUGGAGGUGAUAGACGAACCGAGCAAACUUAAAACCCUGUUGACUGAUAUAAAAACUCAGAUUUUGACUCUUGGGGAUGCACUGAAUCAAGCCUUGAAGCUUCUCAGAACGGAAAAAAAGCACUAA